UCCUUCCCAGACCCCUCUCAAUCACAAAGAAAUAAAGAACAGGACAAUCCAGGAGUAAACAGAAUCGCCUUGUUGUAUCGUCAGCUGCUGCGGGAGAUCUCAGCAGCACACCACAACUCUGCUCUGUACUCUGCUCCAGCAGACAACAAGCUGCUUACUGGAUUCAAGGAAAUCUCUAAAAAAAAGUGAAAGUUACUUUACUAUUAAUUUAUAGUAAUGUCUGGAACUCAAUCCUGCAAACAAUGUGGGUGCUCGGAAAUCGACACGGACGCUGCUCGUGGAGAUGCCGUCUGCACCAAUUGUGGCUGCGUUCUCGAAGAGUCCAUCAUCGUCUCGGAGGUGACCUUUGAAGAGGAUGGUCACGGGGGAGCGUCCGCCGUCGGUCAGUUCGUCUCCGCAGAGAGCAGGGGUGGUGGUGUGCUCUCCAACCUGGGCGGUGGUGGAUUUCACACUUCCGUGGGCAAGGAAAGCAGAGAGAUCACGUUGAGAAACACGAAAAAAAAGAUUGUCGAGGUUGCACAACAACUCAGAUUAAAUCAGCACUGCAUAGACGUGGCCUUCAACUUUUUCAAGAUGGCUCUCCACAAGCAGUUGACAAAAGGGAGAAAGAACUCGUUGACGAUUGCAGCCUGCAUCUACAUGACCUGUCGCAUUGAGGGCACUCCGCAUCUCCUCAUCGAUUUCAGCGACGUACUGCAAAUGGAUGUGUAUGCCUUGGGUCGUGCUUACGUCCAAAUAUCGCGGUCCCUUUACAUCAACAUCCCUGCCGUCGACCCCUGCAUGUACAUCCUUCGAUUCGCACACAAGUUCGAACUUGCAGAGAAGACACAUGACGUGGCAAUGACGGCGCUACGACUGGUGCAGAGAAUGAAACGGGAUUGGAUUCAUUUGGGUCGGAGGCCGUCUGGUCUUUGUGGGGCGGCCCUCCUCAUCUCGGCACGUCUCCACAAUUUCUCCAGGUCCGUCCAAGACGUGAUCAGAGUGGUCAAAGUCCACGAGACGACAUUAAGAAAGAGACUCGUUGAGUUUGGUGAAACACCCUCGAGUUCGUUGACAUUGGACGAAUUCAUGUCUGUAGACCUGGAGGAAGAACACGACCCACCUUCCUACAAAGCAGCGAGGAUAAGAGACCGAGAACGACUACAAAAGUUGCUGGACACGGACAUGGGCGAAGAGUUCAAAGCUUUACAGAAUAAAAUUGACGAAGAGUUGGAGAGGCGAAGAAAUAAGAUGAUGUACAACAAAUCAAGUACGUCCACCCCUCUUCCACCUCAAGACUUGACUCCCACGCAAGAACAAGUUGCCACCAUCUCAUCCUCCUCUUCAACUUUGUGUUCAUCCAGUCCCGCAUCUUCUCCCCAGCCACCGGAACAAGAUAUCGUCGAAACCAAUUUUAUUCUAAAGUCCACGAUGGACACGAUAAAUUCAAUUAUUUCCGAUACCCCUUCCGAAGCGACUCCUCAAGGAAUAGAGGAUGUAUUGAAAAAGAGAGUAACACAGGAGGAUAAGUCUCCAGAUAUGGAUUCAAUUCUGAUGCCCCCGCCACCACCAAAUAUCACCAAUCUUGAUCUUGUCCAUUCAAAAUUGCAAUUAGAUGCAGGUGAUCCUAAUCCAGCACUCCCCUCAUCCAGCUGUAUGGCUCUAGUCCCUGUCACCACCACCAUCAUACCCACCGCUCCAGACUCUGGAGAGUUGGACCUGGAAGGAAUUGAUGACACCGAGAUCAACGGCUACAUCAUGACAAAGGUCGAAGUUCAAAGGAAAACUGUCAUGUGGGAGAAUCUCAAUCGUGAUUAUAUAAUCGCUCAAAAAUUAAAACAAGAACAAUUAGAAAAGGAUAUUAGCGAAGGAAAGUUGGAUAAAAAGAAGAAAAAGAAAAGUGCAAAGGCAAAACCUACAUUUCAAGCGAAAAGUGCAAAUGAGGCUAUUAAAAUUAUGUUAAAAGAGAGAAAAAUUUCGAGCAAGAUCAACUACGACGUAUUGCGGUCUCUCACCACUGGUGUCGAUCUCAUGGACGAUCUCCCCUCAUCCAGUAAUUACCCAUCUUCCUCCUCACAAUUACCCUUUGACCCCUUCACUGUGAUUGAGUCGGGUCCCAUAAUCCCACCCUCCGGCUACAACUUGAAACGGAAACUAGAAAAAGACUCGGAUACAGCAUCCAACACAUCCUCAACCACAUCAUCUUCGGGGAGAAAAAAGCUCAAACUAAGCAAGAGGCGUUCCUCCAUAUCUAAAGUUGAAAGUGAAGUGGUUGACUCCUCAACAGUAGAAACAGUAGCAAGUGAGAAAAAACCAAAGGUUGAGGGGAAGCCAAAGCCCUCACUUCAUCAUAGGUUGGGUUCAGGGUCAGAGUCCGAGUCGGACAGCACAGAGAAAAAGGAUGACAAGAAGGGAGAAAGUAAGAAAGGGAUUAUCAAGUUGGCGGAUGCUGGAAUUAGCAAAGCGACAGAGUCGGUGGUGGAGUCCAGCCAGGUUCACUUCAGCGAGGAAGAGGACGAGGAUCUGGACGAUGAGGAGGACGUGGACGAGGCAAGUUUAUCCGCUAGGGACCUUCUAACACAAUUCCGUGGGGAAGCAGAUGUCGAUGAAGAUGACUACUACGAAUAGACCUCAACCAUCACUGCCAAACUAUAGUGCUUUAUUAUUCUACACACUCAACUCUUUAAUAUUUUUUAUGUAUAUCAACGCGCAGAAUGUUAGUUAGCAAAUAAGUAGGUUAGGGUAGAGGUACAUAUGUAUGUUGUGAUUUUAUGCUGUUUAGCUACAAUUUUAAUCCCGUUUUUUAAGUGAUUGCAGAUUUACCAUACUAAUAUUAAUCCUAUAGUGUCAUUGCUAACACGAGUAUUAAAAAAGAACUAGGCAAACAGAUCAGCUUCAAACAUCUGGUUACACAAGAAUUUUAUUUUAUUAUAAUUACAUAUCGUGAACAACAAUUAGAAUAAGAUGCGAAAAAAUGAUUAAAUGAAACUCGAAAAAUA